AUGAUCAGGGAGGAGUUGAAGUGGUUGAAGGACCCGGAGAUGCUGGCGAAACGCGUGCUUCAGCUGUUGAAGGAGGGGAAGAUCGCGUUCGGUGUGGGUAUGCUUCGUCAGGCGCAGGUCGAGAAGAGGAAGAAUGUCGAGUGGGCUUGGAAUAUCUUGUUGAGGUUCUGCUUUGAGAGGGAUGCUCCUGAUGCGGCGUAUAAGUUUUAUAAUGAUAUGAAAAAACGAGGAUGUCGCCCGGAUCUACGAUGCUACACGAUUAUGCUGAACGGGUUUGCCGGGGUCAAGAAUAGAGCGCUCUUGAAUCCCGUGAAGGUCGCCCUGUCCAUUUACCAGUCAACCACUAAGGCGGACAGCAAAUUCGAGCCUUCCAUCAUCCACAGCAAUGCGAUGCUCAAGGUGUGCGCCGCUCACUCGGAUAUGGCUACUAUGUGGAAGGUUGCUGGCGAUCUACCGGAGACUGGUCCGAGCUCUCCCAACAACCCCACCUACAAUACCAUAUUACAGGCGCUCAUCAAUGUCACGAAAAAGGAUGUGGAGGCAAUGGAUCCUACGAAUGUCGAUGAAAUCAUGGCCAGAAAAGCAGAGGCGUUCAUGGAUGGCAAACGGAUGUGGGGCGAUAUCGUCUAUCGGUGGAAGACUAACCAGCUGGUGGUCGACUCCAUGCUCGCUUCGAUGAUGGCCAAGCUGAUGAAGGACACCGCCACCUCCGAUCACGAUUUAUGGGAGGUUUUCGCUCUCCUCAAACAAACGUAUGGGAUUCCGAUUCUCAUGGACGAGCCCCCGAAGCCUGUGGUCGAGAAGCCUAAGGCGACCCCACCCCCGCCUACUGAUAUCGUCAAUGAAGAAGAUUAUGUCCCGCUUGUGGAGGAAGGCGAGCUAGAGGAGCCUUUUAGGGUGGAGGAGGCGGAAGAAGAAGAGGAGAGCUUUGAGGAUCUCUUCGCCCCGGUUGUUAACGUUGAGGGUUCAGUGGUGAAAAAGCAUUUCGCCCCGGAUAACUAUGUCCUGAUGACGAUUCUCGAAACUUGCAUCGCUCUCACCCAGGGUGUCGGUCCCGGAAAGAGAUACUGGGAACACCUUACAGACCCAAAGAACGAGAGGGCGUUCCAGCCAGACAGGCUAACAUAUAACAACUAUAUGCGCCUUCUCCGACUAUCCCGGUCCAGUCGGAUGGCCCUCGAGCUAGUACAAGAGAUGGUGUCCAAGAAACAAGCAGAAGGGAAGCUAUUUCAUAUCGCAUUAACCGUCUGCCUGCGUGACCGUCGAAACUGCAAUGUGUUCAAGACCGCGAAUGAAAUCAUGCGGCUCUUGGGCGAGUGCCUUGUACUCACCGACGAACGGGCCCUGAUGGAUUAUAUGAGACUGGCCGAUAUUUUGGCCGAGACCCCGCAAACCCUGGCGCAUCUCAACGGCCUUGAUGAUGCGGGGAAGAAGAGCGAGAACGGGGGCGGAGCCGGCGUAGUCGACAGACAGAGGGCGAAGAUGCUUACCAUCGCAGCGGAACAGUUACUGUCUCACAUCACCAAGCUCGACAAAGCCGUGGAUCAUUACGUCCUGCAGGAGAACGCUCUGCCUGCGCGCACCCACGAACCCCGUAUCGAUCGCUCGAGGGCGGACCCCGUUCGCGCCAUCAGAGGCUCCGAUGCCCAUCGGGUUUUGGCCCACGCGGGACUGUUUUUGCGCGAGGUGUUGAAGAAGUACCAGAAUGAAUUCCCUACCGCGACCCGCUGUGCCAUCCAGGACGCAGUUGACAGCCUGAAGAAGUACUCCCAGCAAGAGGUGAUGCUCCAGUGCCAGAAGCGAUGGGUGUCGCCGACCCCGGAACAGCUUCGCGAAUAUCAACUCCGAGUCAACGGUCCGAUUACAAUCCGGAGAGGAUGA